AUGUCCUCCGCUUUUUAUGCGUUACAGAUGGGUUUCACAGCCCUUGCGUUGCUGGCUGUGCACCAUCUAUGGCAAGAUAGAAAUCAGAAUGGGGAGGGCGCCCACCACAAGGGAAAAAAGAAUUACGCUCGCAUGUGUUGGUGCAAAUCAGGAAGGUUCAAGGGUAGCCAAGGACCCAUAGAGGCCGAGACAAAGGAGGAGCAGUUACCAACCAGGGGGGGAGAAGGGCACGACGAAGACGAAGACGAAGCUUCGUCUUCAGGGCAAAAGAUGUUUGAAGAAGCCCGGACAAGUAGAUGUUACGAAGACAGUGUUAGGAUCACUGGAGGCCUAGUUUGGAAUUAUGCGUACCUUGACGCUCAAGCUGAGACGUUUGUUGAAGGCUAUGAAGGGCUACAGAUAGUGGCAGCCUUUGAGGCUCCAGGGACAUCUGGUCAGAGUCGAUUCUACGUCAUAAGUACCACAUUUCUACCACUGUGCACUCACGCGUACCUUGAAUUGUAUAAGGGGAAUGGGACUACUGGGAUGUUAGUCAACGCCGAGUUAUCUGUCCUCGACGCCAGUGUCAUCAACGCACCAACUAUCACAUGCUGGUACGGAAAACUGCAGGCACGCCGAGAACAUUCAAGCGGAUUAAAAAGUAAACGAUUUGAAGAUGGUAGUAUAACCUUGAAAGACAGGCAUAUCAGAACAUCAACUAGGAGAGGUUCAAGUCGAGGCGUCAGCCAAUGGUCAGACACUCAUGACAGUCAUACCACGUCAAGUUCCGCCGUGCGCGAGGCAAUCUUUAAAGCUGUCCAAGAGUCGCCGAUACAUUAUCCAAAGAAGAUAUGCAAUGCCAGAAAUUCGGUAGCGCUCGCGGAUGACUUUCGGUCUUGUCUCCUCACGUACUUGAGCCGGAUCAAGGAUAAUAUAGUAGCUGAGGCUCCUAAACCAGAACCUAGAGCUUCCAGCUCGAACGGUGGGAGUACCGUAAUUCAGGAUGAGAUUGCCGUCAGCGAUAAGUUGCAGCAGUAA